AUAUUGAAGAUGUGAGAGCAGUUGGGGGUUUGCUAAAUAAACACACCCUCUCAGAAGCUUUAUUCUCUAAUAAGAUCACAAUUCUUUCUCUUAAAUCUAAAAUAAGUCAAUUAGAAUUUAAGUUGGCGCAUUCUAUACCACGCCCAUCUUUCUUUGAUUCUGAUACAGAGAUAACAGAUGAGCAAGAAGAUUCUGAUACAAUGCCAGAGAUAACAGAUACCGAUCCU